AUGUUCGAAAUGUCUCUCACUUCUCUUGCAUCUAAAAUUAUGACACUCACACUCUUGGUGGUGGUCACCACCUGCACCAUGAGCAUGGCUCAAGCUGACAAAAAGAAUUGGGAACGAAAAGCCAACAUGUUAACAAAACGUAGCGAUUUAUCUGCUCAAACAAUUGGAAAUUUAAUUUACUUGACAGGAGGUUGUGUUAUCUCUCAACCCCUUUCUAAGGAUUCUUCAUGUCCGAGCAUUACAAACACAAUGGAAAUUUACAAUCCUGCAACUAAUACUUUUUCGUACGGGCCAGUGAUGCCUCGAGCUAGAUACAGACAUACCACUGUUGCUAUUGCUCAAAGAUACAUGUUUGUAAUUGGUGGUAGAGACCUGCAAGAUAACAUUAUUCAACCUGUGGACGUUUUUGAUACAGUCACUUCAAAAUGGAGCACUCAUCCAAAUGCCUCCUUAACUUCUGAAUGUUGUUCUGAUUCAAUUGCAUUUGUGUUGAAAGAUACUGUCACUGGACUCGACAAUAUUUAUCUUCCAGGUGGAUACUUUGCUAAUUACAGUACUUCUAAUGAGGUUUUAAUUUUGAAAACUAGGAACACAAAUAAUGAAGGAACAUUUCAAAAGGGAUUAGUGUCAAAUAUCAUUACUAAGAGAGGAGAUUCCAUGUCUCUGACUUCCAGUAAUAGAGGAUAUGUCAUUGGUGGAUUUUUAGAGACUGAUUUUUGUAAUCCAGUUGGAAUGGUUGAAAUGUAUGACCCUUCUCAAAACAAAUGGACCUCUCAAAAGCCUUUGGCUCAUCCUAGAGCUGAUGGAGCUGCAAUCAUGAUUGAUGCACAUUUGUUUGUGCUUGGAGGAGAGACCAAAGAUAAGUCAUGCAACUUCUCUAUUCCUGUUGCUGAUGUUGAGAAGUUUGAUUUUGUCACUUCAUCUUGGAGUGACUUUGUUUCUUUGCCAACGGUAAGAUUCAGACAAACAGGAGAGAUUUAUGGAGACGUCAUGUAUGUUUUUGGAGGUCAAAUUGAGAACUCCACAGCUAAGGAAUACUCGGUUCUUGACUGGGUUUAUAGUUUUAAUUUCACAAACGUCACCAAUGCAAGAGGUUUGGGUUUGGGUUUGGGUUUGGGUUUGGGUUUGGGUUUGGGUUUGGGUUUGGGUUUGGGUUUGGGUUUGGGUUUGGGUUUGGGUUUGGGUUUGGGUUUGGGUUUGGGUUUGGGUUUGGGUUUGGGUUUGGGUUUGGGUUUGGGUUUGGGUUUGGGUUUGGGUUUGGGUUUGGGUUUGGGUUUGGGUUUGGGUUUGGGUUUGGGUUUGGGUUUGGGUUUGGGUUUGGGUUUGGGUUUGGGUUUGGGUUUGGGUUUGGGUUUGGGUUUGGGUUUGGGUUUGGGUUUGGGUUUGGGUUUGGGUUUGGGUUUGGGUUUGGGUUUGGGUUUGGGUUUGGGUUUGGGUUUGGGUUUGGGUUUGGGUUUGGGUUUGGGUUUGGGUUUGGGUUUGGGUUUGGGUUUGGGUUUGGGUUUGGGUUUGGGUUUGGGUUUGGGUUUGGGUUUGGGUUUGGGUUUGGGUUUGGGUUUGGGUUUGGGUUUGGGUUUGGGUUUGGGUUUGGGUUUGGGUUUGGGUUUGGGUUUGGGUUUGGGUUUGGGUUUGGGUUUGGGUUUGGGUUUGGGUUUGGGUUUGGGUUUGGGUUUGGGUUUGGGUUUGGGUUUGGGUUUGGGUUUGGGUUUGGGUUUGGGUUUGGGUUUGGGUUUGGGUUUGGGUUUGGGUUUGGGUUUGGGUUUGGGUUUGGGUUUGGGUUUGGGUUUGGGUUUGGGUUUGGGUUUGGGUUUGGGUUUGGGUUUGGGUUUGGGUUUGGGUUUGGGUUUGGGUUUGGGUUUGGGUUUGGGUUUGGGUUUGGGUUUGGGUUUGGGUUUGGGUUUGGGUUUGGGUUUGGGUUUGGGUUUGGGUUUGGGUUUGGGUUUGGGUUUGGGUUUGGGUUUGGGUUUGGGUUUGGGUUUGGGUUUGGGUUUGGGUUUGGGUUUGGGUUUGGGUUUGGGUUUGGGUUUGGGUUUGGGUUUGGGUUUGGGUUUGGGUUUGGGUUUGGGUUUGGGUUUGGGUUUGGGUUUGGGUUUGGGUUUGGGUUUGGGUUUGGGUUUGGGUUUGGGUUUGGGUUUGGGUUUGGGUUUGGGUUUGGGUUUGGGUUUGGGUUUGGGUUUGGGUUUGGGUUUGGGUUUGGGUUUGGGUUUGGGUUUGGGUUUGGGUUUGGGUUUGGGUUUGGGUUUGGGUUUGGGUUUGGGUUUGGGUUUGGGUUUGGGUUUGGGUUUGGGUUUGGGUUUGGGUUUGGGUUUGGGUUUGGGUUUGGGUUUGGGUUUGGGUUUGGGUUUGGGUUUGGGUUUGGGUUUGGGUUUGGGUUUGGGUUUGGGUUUGGGUUUGGGUUUGGGUUUGGGUUUGGGUUUGGGUUUGGGUUUGGGUUUGGGUUUGGGUUUGGGUUUGGGUUUGGGUUUGGGUUUGGGUUUGGGUUUGGGUUUGGGUUUGGGUUUGGGUUUGGGUUUGGGUUUGGGUUUGGGUUUGGGUUUGGGUUUGGGUUUGGGUUUGGGUUUGGGUUUGGGUUUGGGUUUGGGUUUGGGUUUGGGUUUGGGUUUGGGUUUGGGUUUGGGUUUGGGUUUGGGUUUGGGUUUGGGUUUGGGUUUGGGUUUGGGUUUGGGUUUGGGUUUGGGUUUGGGUUUGGGUUUGGGUUUGGGUUUGGGUUUGGGUUUGGGUUUGGGUUUGGGUUUGGGUUUGGGUUUGGGUUUGGGUUUGGGUUUGGGUUUGGGUUUGGGUUUGGGUUUGGGUUUGGGUUUGGGUUUGGGUUUGGGUUUGGGUUUGGGUUUGGGUUUGGGUUUGGGUUUGGGUUUGGGUUUGGGUUUGGGUUUGGGUUUGGGUUUGGGUUUGGGUUUGGGUUUGGGUUUGGGUUUGGGUUUGGGUUUGGGUUUGGGUUUGGGUUUGGGUUUGGGUUUGGGUUUGGGUUUGGGUUUGGGUUUGGGUUUGGGUUUGGGUUUGGGUUUGGGUUUGGGUUUGGGUUUGGGUUUGGGUUUGGGUUUGGGUUUGGGUUUGGGUUUGGGUUUGGGUUUGGGUUUGGGUUUGGGUUUGGGUUUGGGUUUGGGUUUGGGUUUGGGUUUAGGUUUGGAGUUUGGGUU